AUGGCGGACGCGGCGGCGCGGCGGGCGGUGGCGGAGCUGCCGCUGCUGCGGGCACCGGCGGGGCCGCGGGACCGCGAGGGCUGGGCCGAGCGGCUGCGGGAGGAGUACCGGGCGCUCAUCCAGUACGUGGAGAACAACAAACGCGCCGACACCGACUGGUUCCGCCUGGAGUCCAACCCCGAGGGCACCCGCUGGAGCGGGCGCUGCUGGUACAUCCAUGAGCUGCUCAGGUACGAGUUCAACAUCGAGUUCGAGAUCCCGGUGACGUACCCGGGCACCGCCCCCGAAAUCGCCAUCCCCGAGCUGGACGGGAAAACGGCCAAGAUGUACCGGGGGGGGAAGAUCUGCCUCAGUGACCACUUCAAGCCGCUGUGGGCCAGGAACGUGCCCAAGUUCGGGCUGGCACACCUGAUGGCCCUGGGGCUGGGUCCCUGGCUGGCCGUGGAGAUCCCGGACCUGAUCUCCAAGGGCCUCAUCCAGCACAAGGACAAGUGACCAACGGGGGGGACACUUUGGGGGUCCCCCCACCUUGGGGGUCCCGCUCCCCUUGGGGGUCCCCCUCCCUCGAGGGUUCCCCCCAUUCCCCUCCCAGCUGCUGCCACCCCUCCCCACCGCUUGGCUGCUGCUCCCCAAUAAACGCUGAACCCCGA